AAUCAAACCCCGAUUAUCAAGCAUUUCUUCCGCCACCUUUAUCUAAGUUUCCCUCAAAUGCUGCGUCUGCACAAGUUCUUCUAUCCAUUUAUUUUUAUAAAAGAAAUAAAUAAAUAAAAGCAAUAGCUGGGGGAUAAUAUCACAUUAUGUCGCCAAGUCUAGUUGCUCCAGAGCCAGAGCACUGCCCUGGUCCUGAGUCGGAGCAGGCAGGUCAAGGUGAUGCCUGCGCUGGAUGCCCCAAUCAACAGAUUUGUGCCUCUGCCCCGAAGGGUCCCGAUCCCGAUAUUCCCAUCAUCCAAGAGAGACUAUCCCAAGUCCGACACAAGAUCCUUGUACUAUCCGGGAAAGGUGGGGUUGGCAAAUCGACCUUUUCCUCUCUCCUCGCGCAUGCGUUCUCAGCGAAUCCAGACUCGAUGGUUGGCUUGAUGGACACCGAUAUCACUGGACCUUCGAUUCCAAAGCUAAUGGGGGUGGAAUCCGAGACAAUCCACGUGAGCAACGCAGGCUGGAGCCCGGUGUGGGUGACAGACAACCUAGGCGCAAUGAGCGUGCAGUUCAUGCUACCCAAUCGGGAUGAUGCAGUGAUCUGGAGAGGGCCAAAGAAGAAUGGUCUGAUCAAACAGUUCCUAAAGGAUGUGGACUGGGGUGAGCUGGACUAUCUCAUUAUUGACACACCACCGGGCACCUCGGAUGAACAUCUGUCUGUCAACUCUCUCCUGAAGGACUCCGGAGUUGACGGUGCUGUCGUUGUCACUACACCACAGGAGGUAUCCCUACUAGAUGUUAGGAAAGAGAUCGACUUCUGCCGCAAGGCCGGUAUUCGAGUCUUGGGGUUAGUUGAGAACAUGAGUGGCUUUGUCUGCAAGAACUGCAACACUGAAAGCCAAAUUUUCCGGGCCACGACGGGCGGUGGUAAACGGUUGGCGAAGAAAAUGGGCAUCCCGUUCCUAGGGGCGGUCCCUCUCGACCCCAGAAUCGGAAUGGCCUGUGACUACGGUGAAAGCUUUGUAGAUGGCUUCCCAGAUAGCCCGGCGGCAAAGGCGAUCAAACAGGUGGUGCGCGCGGUCGGACAGUUGGUUGGAGAAGACCCUGAUACUGUGCUACCGGAUGAUACAGCAGAGUGAUGAUUGCAAUUUUCUCCUUUUGGGGCCAUCUUUUGUUUUCAAGCGUGAUUGCAUUGGGGGUUAAAACUGUUCGAGACUUUGGCGUUUCUUUGGCAUACAAACGAUUGAUACCACUGCAGAUCAUUCGAGGUUAUCUAAAUAGCAUUAUGAG